CAUUGGCCGCCGCGCCGUUACCUCCCCGCUGGUCUCGCGAGAGCCUGGCGCGCGGGGCGGGGGGGGCGCGGGAGCCCCAGCGCGAGCGGCGCCAGCGUGAGGACCCGGCCCGGCUCCCUCAGGCUGCUGCAGGAUGGGUGACGACAGGCCCUUCGUGUGCAGCGCGCCGGGCUGCGGACAGAGGUUCACAAACGAGGACCACCUGGCGGUUCAUAAACACAAGCACGAGAUGACAUUGAAAUUCGGCCCCGCUCGCACCGACUCCGUCAUCAUCGCAGAUCAGACCCCGACCCCGACGCGGUUCCUGAAGAACUGUGAGGAGGUGGGACUCUUCAACGAGCUGGCCAGCUCCUUUGAGCACGAGUUCAAGAAAGCUGCUGAGGAGGAUGAGAAAAAGAGCUCGGGGGCCCUGGACAUGUCCCUGCCCUCCACCCCGGAGGUCAAGAUCAAGGAGGAGGAGCCGCUGGAGGUGGACUCGUCCCCGCCGGACAGCCCCCCCUCCCGGCCCCGCUCGCCCCCGCGCCACGACAAGGAGGGCCCCUCCAAGCCCGUGAUCCUCUCCACGCCCACGCCCACCAUCGUGCGGCCGGGCUCGCUGCCGCUGCACCUGGGCUACGACCCCCUGCACCCCACGCUGCCGUCCCCCACCUCCGUCAUCACCCAGGCCCCCCCCUCCAACAGACAGCUGGGGUCUCCCAGCAGCUCCCUCCCGCUCGUCGUGCAGCUCGCCAACGGCCAGACCAUGCCCGUGCUGCCCGGGGCCCCCGUGCAGAUGCCUUCUGUCAUUUCGCUGGCCCGGCCCGUGGCCAUGGUGCCCAACAUCCCUGGCAUUCCCGGGCCCCCCAUCAACAGCAGCGGGUCCCUCUCACCCUCAGGACUCCCGGUGCACUCUGAAGCCAAAAUGAGGCUGAAGGCCAGCCUGGCAGCAUCAUCCUCGCUGAACGGCAGCAGCCUGGCGGUGGGCUCGGCCAGCACCAUGGUGACCGCGCGGCCGGAGCAGAGCCAGGUCCUGGGCCAGCACCCUGACGCCCCCUCCCCAGCCCAGCCACAGGUGUCCCCUGCCCAGCCCACGCCCAGCACGGGCGGGCGGCGGCGGCGGGCGGCGGACGAGGACCCCGACGAGCGGCGGCAGCGCUUCCUGGAGCGGAACCGCGCGGCCGCCUCGCGCUGCCGCCAGAAGCGCAAGCUCUGGGUGUCCUCCCUGGAGAAGAAAGCCGAGGAGCUCACCAGCCAGAACAUCCAGCUGAGCGUGAAACGAGGUGACGCUGCUCAGGAACGAGGUGGCUCAGCUGAAGCAGCUGCUGCUGGCCCACAAGGACUGUCCUGUCACAGCCCUGCAGAAGAAGAGCCAGGGCUACCUGGAGAGCCCCAAGGAGAGCUCGGAGCCCUCGGGCUCGCCCGCGCCCGUCAUCCAGCACAGCUCGGCCUCGGCCGCGCCCAACGGGCUCAGCGCCGCUCGCUCGGCCGCCGAGGCCGUGGCCACCUCGGUGCUGGCCCAGAUGGCCGGGCAAAGGACAGAGCUGGCCGUGCCCCCGGCCUCGCAUGUCAUCAUGGCACCACAGUCGCAGUCUGCCGGCAGAUGAUGGCCCCGGGCCGGGAGCGCCCGCACGGACUGAGCGCCGCCCGCAGCGAGCGCGGGCGCCGGGACCUUCCCUCCCUUUCCUUGCUGGGCUUUGGUUCUCCUGGCUCUGUGCUGGUCUGAGAGGAGGGCGGGACCCGGGGCUCCCGCGGCUGACACUACAUCGGGACAGCCCCAGGCGCUGGCCCUGUCCCCGGGCAGGGGCUGUGACACUCCCUGCUGUCCCCGUGCUGCAGGGGGCUGUGACACUCCUUGCUGUCCCCAGGCAGGGGCUGUGACACUCCUUGCUGUCCCCGUGCUGCAGGGGGCUGUUACACUCCUUGCUGUCCGCGGGCAGGGGCUGUGACACUCCCUGCUGUCCCCGUGCUGUCCCCAUGCUGCAGGGGGCUGUGACACUCCCUACUGUCCCCGGGCAGGGGCUGUGACACUCCUUGCUGUCCCCGGGCAGGGGCUGUGACACUCCUUGCUGUCCCCGUGCUGUCCCCAUGCUGCAGGGGGCUGUGACACUCCUUGCUGUCCCCGGGCAGGGGCUGUGACACUCCCUGCUGUCCCCAUGCUGCACAGGGACAGACCCUCCGUGCUGUCCCCGUGCUGUCCCUGGCUGUCCCCGCUCCCCAAGUCAUUGCACCUUCACCAGGAGCCUCCCGGAGCUCUGAGCUCUGGCAUCGAGGGCUCCUCCCAGCCCCAGCCCCAGCCCCAGCCCCAGCCGUGGAUUUUGGGAAGCAGGACUGCUCUGCGUUUGUGCCCCAGCAGCUGGGACAAGGGGACAGCGUGGGGCUGGGGACAGACGGGUCCCCAGGAGCUCAGGGGCUGCUCCGGGCCGGGUGCUGGCACAGGGACGGCCUGGCCGGGGCCGCUCCCGCAUUCCCAGGAAAUGGGAGUGGGACAAGGGAGGGCCCAGCUGGCAGUGACAACAGCUGGGCAAACCCAGCCCACCCUCCCGGAGCAGCUCCCGGACCUCGAUGACCUCAGUAAUGGUGGCCUUAAAUCACGGGAUUGGUGCCUGCUCCGAGGGAGGGAGCCGGGAGCAGGGUCGGGGUUUGGUGACCUGGAGCAGGCCAAGGAUUCACUCCUGACCCUGGGCAGGGUCGGAUCCCACCCUCCACGGAGAGGGGCUGGGGUCGGGUCCCUUGUCCUGCCAGGUGGACCCUGGGCUCUGUCCCGUGUGCCCCUGCGUGGCUCCAGAGCUUCCCUGGGUGGCACAGCCGGAGCCGGGAAUGGGGAACAGGGAAUGGGGAAUGGGGAAGGGAAUGGGAAUGGGAAUGGGAAUGGGAAGGGCUGCUGCUUGGUUUUGGGAAGUGGAAGAAAUCUCGUCCCGGUCCGUGGACCUGCUCCAGCCCCUGGAAUUCCUGCCCCUCCUGGGUCCCUCCUCAGCCAAGCCCCCCCUCAGGUCGCACUCGCCACUUUGGAGCCAGGUUGGUUUGUCCAGGUGAUUUUGGUUGGUUCCUCCACGCUUGGGGGGUUCCCAGGGACAGCGAAACCCAAAGCCAAGGCUGAGCAGGAGACUGGGAUCAGCACCGACGGGAAGAUCCUGGGGUUUGGGGUUUGGGGUUUGGGGUUUCCCCAGCCGUGGAAUCCGGCUUCUCCCCCUCGCUCUUGUGCAGCUCAUCCUCAGCUGGAUCAGGAUCGGGGUCAGGCUGGGUUUGUGUUGCUGCUCCCCUUCUUCCUCCUGCUCAUCCCAGCCCCUCUCCGUGCUCCAGCCUUGGGAUCUCUUGUCGGGGUCCCACACAUCCCCCAAACCCCUUUUCCCCCCUUAAAGCUGUUCCCAAAGCCCAGUCCCGAGUCCCGGCUGUUUCCAGCGCUCCCUGUCCCCACCUGGAUGUUCCUGCGGCAGGGCGUGGCCAGGGGGGCCCAGGUGAGGCCAGGGAGGGCUCGGAGCCGUUUUGGGGGAUCCUUGGGGGGUUUGCAGGGGGUGCAGGAUCCUCCCGUGCUGUGGGGGAGCCGAGGUGUCCCUCCAGGGAAUAUCGGGGGAGGGGGAGUUGGGCUCUGGGCUGGUCCCAGCGCUGGUUCCCCGUUUGCUGUGGGGGCCUCGCUGGCAGAACUGGAAUGAGCAAAGGCCGGAAAAUCCAGGACGGAGUUUGGAUCGAAGGCAGCAGCUUCCCCAGCCCCUCGUUUUACCCUCGGGGCACUGAGAGUGGCCGGAUUGUGUCUGAUGGGCUUGUCCUGCCUCGCUGCUCUUCCCGGGAAUCCUCCUGGCCCCCUCGGGAUGGGGGUGCAGGAGCAGCUUUCUCCCCGUCCCUCCAUGCCCCGAAGCUCCCCAUUCCCACAUCCCCCAUCGCCAGUGCCUUGAAAAUUCUGCAAAUCCCCAAAAAGACCAGGGGGAAGCUCCGGAGGUGGUCAGGGACAAGCAGGGAACGAGCUGAACCCGGGUUCGGCUCCACCUGGGUCACUCACAGGGUUGGAGCUUCCCGUGCCCAUUCCACGCGUGUUUUACCCCAAAAGCAGCCGCUCCUCACUUCGUGACCAGUUUUGGGGCAACCCCCCCCCCGAUUCUGCUCCCUCCGUGCUGAUUCCUCCCGCUUGGCCGGGGGUGGCAGCCCCUGGCCCCGCUCGGCAGCGCCGGGCGCCUGCACUUUGCUCUGCCAGCCCCGGGAAUCCCGGGGGGCCGAGCCUUCCUCCUGUCCCCGCUCCUGUCCCCGCUCCUGUCCCCUCCUGGGUCCCCUCCCUGCCGGGACCUGCGGCCCGGGGGACCCCGGGGGCUCCUCGCGGCUCCGUAGGGCUCCGGUAGGGCUCCGGUAGGGCCGGGCUGGGGGAGCCCGGGCAGCGGGACUGGCUGCGGGGAUUUGGGGUUCGUGGAUUUUAUCGGAAUUCUGGAAUAGGAACGAAUGGCUGCAGACCCCGGGAACCCCACGGCGAGGGAGCUGCGGCUCCCUCCCUCCUCUUCGUCCCUCUUCAGCCUCCAAAUCCCCGCGCAUCGGGCGGGGUGGGAAGAGCUGGAGCCCCUUCCCCCCCCCCACUGGUGUUUGGUCCGGGAUUCUUGGCCCAGGUGGGAAUUGUGACAUUUUGGGGCUCCUGGACCCGUUCCUGCUCUGUUCGCCCCGGGGGGGCCCCAAAACGAGCCCGGGAGGUGCCGAAGGGACACGGGAGGAGGGUCCUGGGCGUGCCCCCCACCCCCCAGCUGCUUUGUGCCACGAGCUUUGACGAUCAAUAAUGGAAGAAGCCAAAAAGGUCCCCCGAGUACCUGUGUAGUAUCUUAUCAGUCCAUAUCGACGCGUAUACGCACCCAUGUAUCGUAGAUCGGCCGCCGCGGGUCUGACCCGACCCCCGCAGCCCCCGAGGGACCCCCGCCCCACCCGGGCUCCUGUGAGCGGGUCCUCACAGCCCCCGCGGGGGCUCGGGGCCGCGGGGGGACCCGGGGGACACGUCCCAGCCUCCCCCAGCCCUCGGCCGUGUCAUACCAAACAUGUAACGUGCCUUUUAUUUAUGCUGCAAAUAUAACAUUAAAAUAUUACCCAGGA